ACGGAGCCGGUGAAUGGACCGGACCGCAAAUUAUUUUCACGGGCCACGCAAUCGUAGCCUGCUCGUCCCCUACUAGUACCGGCUGUGCGGCCGGAUACGGAUUCCAAUCAGCACUCCUCCGCCGCACAGCCCAACCCUAGCCGUCGUCGCCACUGCGCACAUAUCGAGCUCCGGCAGGCAAUCCCCGCCGCAGGCUAGUAGAUCGACACAUCCACCGCCGCCAUGUCGCUCCACAUCGAUGGAUGCGGCCUCGGAGGAGGUCGCAGCGGAGGAGGAGGUGGCGGCCGCAGGCCACCGGCGGGCGGGUCACCGCACCCCUAUGGCGACGAGGCGCGGGCGAAGUUGGUCGGAGCAUCGGCGCGAAGCGGUGGGCGGCACGCAAGUGGACCAACCAUGGUCUGCGCCCGCCGCCGUCGCUUGCGCCGUACGUGGCGACGCCGCACGCUCCCCCGGCCCGCGUCUUCUUUCGCCCGGCCGGCGAGGCGUCUUCCUCCUCGGCUUCCUCAUCGCGCACACCAUCCCGUCGCCGCGGAGACGAGGAAGAGGCCCGGGUAAUGCGCAUUGCGCUCGCCCUCGCCCUGCAGGAUGCAGAGGACAGGACUGGCGCGAGCGGGAGGAGGUGGAGGCCGCCAUUGCCGCGUUGAACCUCCAGCAGCGCGCGAAGGAGGUGGAGGCCGUGGCGGGCGAUGACGGCGUCGACGAGGACAUGGAGGGCGACUGGUGGUCCUUCAGCGACGGCGACGAGGAGAUGGAGGACGCGGAGGUCGUCGUCCUCGACGACUAGGCGCACUCACGGAGCUCCGACGAGCCGGGGAGAGCUCAUCUCUCUUAUGGGAGGAUAGAUGGCUUCACCAGGUUCCCUUCUAUGGAGUCCGGUAAGCAAGAAAAAGGAAAGGACGGCGAUCUCCUUGCUCAUUGAAGCCAUCAAGGUCAAGUCGCGUGAGCGGCGUGCCCUUCAGGAGUAGGGGACUCCUCUUCUGCACUUGGCGUCAAGUUCUUCUGAUGUGUCUCUCUCAUCGCUCCAUCUGUCGUGCAGUAGUGGUCUCCGUAGUGUUGAGUGUUUUGCCUUCUUUUAGUGACGCAGGGUGGCGACUUGUGGAAGUUGUGUUUAAGUCUUCCGUGUUGCGACUUGUGGAACUUGAUCCCUAUCUCACCGGUUGGCGUUUUGACCUCA